UUGUGAAGAUCAUCUAGCAUGUUGCAAUACCUGUCCUCCAUGUCUGUAACCUCUCAAUCAAGCUAUUUCUGAAUGAAGGUAGGAAUGCCAGAAAGAGUUACCCCAACUAUCUUUCAAGUCUGCCUUUCUUAUACACUUAGAGCCAAACUUGCCCCUAACUGGAACCAAGCUGGUCACUUGUUGAUACAAGGGAGAAAUUUUUUAUCACAGAUGGGAAAGCAAAAUGCAGUUGUUGUGGAUAUUAGUGUAUCCGAAACUCAACUUUGCAUCAGUGUGGAAAUAUGCAGGAUAUGUUCAUCACCACCUGAGCUUGAAGAUUUUGAUAUUUCAACAAACAUCAUAAAGAACUUUAACAACGAUACUACUGCAGUCAUUUCAGAAGGUUCUAUUUUAAGUAAUUGGUGUUAUGUUUUACCAAGUAUGAAAAUGGGUCAGAUAAUGAGUAUCAGUCACUUAAUUCCACCUGAUUCUCCAUUUCAUUCAUACAGUGAUUUACAGUUACACUGGGAAAAUCUGUAUGGCUACCAUCUGCCAGAGGAUUCCCAGACGUACUUCAGCAUUUAUUUUAAACUAAUAGGAGAGCAAUUCUUUAUAUAUCCUUCCAGUUGCAUCAGAAGUCAGCCCAUACAGUACUUUCCUAGAGCAGAUUUAGAAGCUAUUUUAAAUUCUUUUGUUACUGAUCUGAAUGCUGUCAUUCCUCAUAUAUGUGGAUUUCCUUUUAAGAUGACACAGAAAGCAAUGUGUACUACAAACAAUUUUAUAAUGGCAUCUGUACAGAAAGCAAACUCUAAACCAGCCAACCUUACUGUAGGAAGGAACUGCAAGGUACCUUUGACUCAAGUAGUUCCAAAGAAAGAUGAUGAGCAUGUUGGAGUAGGAAACAAAAAAAAUAUUGGACAACAGUGGAAAACAUCAGAAAAACCUGGUUCAACAUUGAAAUCAAAUGACGCCAAGAGAAUCAUACCCAUUUUCAAAGGAAAGUUAUUGCAAGGGGAUAGGCAGUUCACUAAAAGAAUCCAUGAAAAGAAAAGAAAAAAUGUUUCAAAAGAUUUACCAAAACUAGUAACAGAUCAUGCAAUUUCUAAAUCAAAUAUAUUCAGUCCAAAUGCAGAUCAGAUUAACAAAUCACUACCUGAUACAUCAUUUCAAAAUGUUAUAAAUAAAAGUGUUUCUCAGAAGGUGAGAAAAAAUAUUAGAGCUAACAAAUUUCUAUUAAAAGAAGAAAAUAAAGAUGUUGGGUAUCCAUUAAACUUCCCUUUACUUAAUGGAACAGUUUUAACGAAACAUUCCAGUAAAACCAAAGCUACAAAGCUACAUUUUUCUUUGAUAUCUGCUGAUAACCAAUCAAAGCAUCACACAGCAAGCAUAUGUCAGCUUUCAAAUAAACCUGCACAUCUCAGUGCUGGUCAAAAUAUUCUGUCGAAGAAAACUAAUGAAAUAGCUGAAGGAGCUUUUAGAGUAUUUCAGAAUCGGAUACAAAAUCCAAUGAAGGAAACAAAAACAAAUGCUUACAGAUUAACCAGUUCAGGAUUUGAAGGACUGACAAUAUCCAAUAAAUCCAAAAGAAAAAGAGAUUGGAAGGAAUCAGUGUACUAUCAAGACAUCACUGAGACCUCAAGCCCUCAUCUGCAGGAAAAAGAACGAAGCUAUGCAAAACCUAAGAAAUCAAGAACCAGUAAAUCAUCAAAGUAGAAAAAAGAUGCAAAAGAGAAAAUAAACAGCAGGUUUGUGAAAACUAUGCCAUGAAAGGGUGGUGGUGGUGUUUUCAUUUAAGACUUGAAGUAUUUAAUUCAUAUUGUGCUUUUCCUGUUUCAUGAUUGAAUAAUUUAUGAUUAGAAAAUGGCCAAGUUCCAAUUUCUUUCCCACAGCAGUCAAGAAACCAUAUACAUUCAAACAGACAAAUAAGUCUCCAAUUCGUGCAUAGAAUCCAAC